GAUGAGAUGAGAAACCCUGAAACUAUGCUGACACAACUCUUAUGCAGGAUCCUUCCGGAUGUCACUUGGUUCUUACCUUUGCCUGGAAAACAAAUCUUUAGCUGAAUGUCUUUCAACUGAGUUCCUUUAGAAGCAAUUUAGGAAGCCUUGAUAAAAGGCUGGGUCAUUAAAGUAGUCAAAAUUGGGUUUGGUUUUCUUCCCUGUUUAGCUCUGUCCGCAACUUUUCUGUCGUGCGUUCAGGAGCUUCUUUUGGCAGGAACAUCCCUUUGCCUGGCUCUUGGGAUGACCCUUGCCACUUGAUCUACUGCUUUUACAGAUUUCUUCCCCUUUCCCUGUAGUGGAACGUGGACUAACGUGGCCGAGAUGGGCUUCCUGCAGCCGAACUGGCCUUUGCCACGGGUGUGUAUGAACUGCAGGAGACUGGAAACUGCUCAGGACAGCGAGCGCCUCUGCAGUAAAGCCGGGACCCCCGUUUUAUGGGUCAUCCCUUAAUAGCUGUUGGAAUGCUGCUCUGGGAAGUGUAUUAAGUGAAUGUAUUUUUUCUGUGUUGUAAUAAAGAGUAAGCUCUAUUCCAGACUUGAUGCUUCCUUUAUUAAGGGGAGGGAGGCACCAACAUCUCCAUUGCCUUUUCCCUGAAACCCUGCUGUUUGUGCCCAGAAUAGUUGCUGGCAGGUAAUAUUAUGCACGAGGCACAGGUGUAGAAAAGAUUGUAGCCUGUGGAGUACUGCUCCCUGCCAGGGGCAGGUGGCCUGGCUGCAGACAGAAAGCCCAUCACUGGGUGUUGUAAGGCUCAGCCGCGUGGCGCAUGUGAGAGGCCACUCAUACACUCGCACUUGUGUGGUAGUUCAGCCCCGAGACGAGUGCUGCUUCCCACCUGGCGUCCUUCCUCCUGCCCUCUCAGGUGCCCUUUAUUUGUCCCUUCCCUCGCUCAUAGUAGAAGGCUGCCACCAGGGCUUAGCUGACGGUUUCUCUAGCAGCCAGAAGCUGUGGGAGUUCCUUCCUCCGUCACAGAUGGCUGACAGCCUCUCCUCUGUUCCCAGAUGCGAUAGCAGCAAUAGCAGCGGUCCUCCUGGGAUUCAGCUCGGGACCCUGGCAGGAAGUAGCAGCAGCCAGGGGAGUCUUCACUAUUUCGGGCUCACCCAGUAAGAAUCCUCCUAGUCGUGGUUCUUCCUUUGGUUUCUCAGUAUUUAAUUUAAUGAAUGCCAUCAUGGGAAGUGGGAUACUUGGCUUAUCCUAUGCUAUGGCCAACACAGGGAUCAUGGGGUUUAGUAUCUUGCUGCUGAUUGUUGCCAGCCUUGCGACUUACUCUGUAUUUCUUCUGCUCAGUAUGUGCACCCAGACUGCUGUCACUUCUUAUGAAGACCUUGGCCUGUUUGCAUUUGGAUCAACUGGAAAGGUCCUUGUUGCAACUACAAUAAUUAUCCAGAAUAUUGGAGCUAUGUCAUCUUAUCUUUUUAUUGUUAAGUCUGAACUUCCUGGUGCUGUUGCGGGGUUCUUAAGUGGAGACGAAAGUGGGUCUUGGUACCUUGAUGGGAGACUGCUGCUACUGAUUACUUCAGUCUGCAUUGUUUUUCCUCUUGCGCUUCUUCCUAAAAUUGGCUUUCUUGGCUACACAAGUAGUUUAUCAUUUUUCUUUAUGGUGUACUUUGCUCUUGUGAUUAUGAUAAAAAAAUGGUCGAUCCCUUGUCCUCUACCUCUAAGCAGUGCCAUAGAGACUUUACAGGUUUCAAAUUCUACUGGGGAUUGUAAAGCAAAGCUCUUUCAUCUUUCAAAAGAGAGUGCUUAUGCGAUACCAACUAUGGCCUUCUCUUUUCUCUGCCAUACCUCAGUUUUACCCAUCUAUUGUGAGCUCCGAAGUCCAUCCAAAAGUAGAAUGCAGAAUGUAACUGUCACAGGAAUUGGUCUGAGUUUCCUAAUUUACUUUAUGUCUGCUCUAUUUGGGUACCUGACAUUUUAUGACGAAGUGGACUCUGAAUUACUACAAGGUUACAGCAGGUACCUGCCACAUGAUACUGUCAUCAUGACUGUUAAACUAGCUAUACUGUUUGCGGUGCUUUUGACAGUCCCUCUAAUCCAUUUCCCAGCAAGGAAAGCUGUGUUGAUGGUAUUUUUCUCUCACCUUCCUGUGUCGUGGAUUUGCCAUAUCCUUGUCACUUUAACACUGAAUGCAAUUGUUGUGUUGUUUGCAAUGUACGUGCCAGACAUUAAAAAUGUAUUUGGAGUAGUUGGUUCAACCACAUCAACAUGUUUGCUUUUUGUAUAUCCUGGACUCUUUUAUCUUAAACUUAGCAGAGAGGACUUUCUAUCACCACAGAAACUUGGGGCAUGUGCGUUGGUUAUAUUUGGCAUUUGUGUUGGCCUUCUCAGUUUAGUUCUAAUAAUUUUCAGUUGGGUUGAUCAAUAACAGCCGAUUGUCACUGUCAGAACUGAGCCUCAGAAGGACAGCGAGAACCAGAGGUGUGUCAAAACUACUGAAACGAAUGCUGGACAUCCUAAAGAAAACACUGACCAAAGCUGCCUGUGGAAGAAAUAGUGCUCUUUUUCACUGCGUUAGUGAUGCUCCUUCUUUAAUCUUGCAUCGCCCUCUUCAAUUAUUGGUCAAUUAGUCUUCGUCAUUCUAAAAUACUAGUUUUUAAUUUUGUAAUCAUGACAAGUAAAAAGGUCUCUUGAGAAUUUCUGCAACACAAAAAUGGUUUAGUGCACAUGGUGAACAUGACGUGCAUAUGUGCACAUGUUAUCCUAAGCCAUGAAAGACUUCUGUUGCUUGAAUAAUUUCUAGAAUUUCAGCCAGUCAUAUUAAGAACUUCCUGAUUUCAAAUGUUUACCCUCAUUUAUCCUAACAUGGAUCCAGAAACCAACUGCCUUAGCCCAGUUUAAUGGGCACAUGAUAACAUUUUUAAAUUGUUUUUUGAAAUGCAGUUUUUACACCUCAUACUGAAGUCACUUUUAAAUUAGAAGGCUUUGCCCAUCUAGCUUAAUAGCUUUUAUAGUAGUAUUAGGGAGUAUUUCCAUUUUGCAGUUAAUAACAGACAUUUUUCAAUGAAUACCUGCUUUUGAAUAUUAUUUAGUGUGCUUCACUCUUCCUCCCAGUGAAAGACACUUUCUUUCUUACUCCUAUUUUUAAGAGUGUUUCAUAUUUGAAAUUGAGUAUUUCUGUACUUUAUGUACUGUUGUGUGUCAGAGAAGGUUUGGGCUUGAAAGGUGAAGUUGUGCCUCUGUUGAAGACAAAGGAAUUCUUACGUUUAUGGAAUCCUAAUUUUACCUCGGAUCUCUGUAUACUUCCAUGUACCCUUUCAUAAUUCCUUUUUUUUUUUCUAAAUGAAAUGUGAAUGCAAUUUUCAACACCAA